AUGAAAUCCCUUGUUGAAGGAGAAUGUGGACGUUCAAAUGCUCUGGUUGGGUUAGCCCACAACUAUGGACAAUCAAAUCAACGUUUAGCUCCAGCAACUAGUAUAGGGACUUCCUCCUUACUACCUUCAAACUCACUGGGAGAACAAUUUGCUAACAGUUUUCUUCAGGAAAAGUCAAAAGCAGCAGUCGCACCAUCCACUAUAAAUCUCAACUCAUUAGCAGCCAACCUCCCUCAGCAUUCAUCAUCCUCUAGUUUAGCAGGCACAUGGAGCAAUGAAUAUGCAACCAUGCAACCUCAAAAAUCGUUAUCCAAUCAAUGGGUUUCCCAGUAUAGUAGUACAUCCAGGUCUCCUAUGGAAAGUGCCUGGGGAAAUGCUCUGCGAGAACCUAUUUCACAUGACCAUAGUUUAUCAAACAGCAGCAUGUGGUCAGCAGAGUUUCUCAGUAAUAUUGAUUCUGAUAUAAAGCAAUCUGAGAUAGAGCAAAACUUGAAUGAAUGGCAAUCCGAAUUUUUAAACGAACAAAAUGAUACUUGGAGAAAUAUGGAAAAUGAAUGGGAAUCUAUACAAAAAGGUAUUGAAAUGGCUCAAGGAGGUGUAGAUGUACCAUGGCACGACGUAUAUAAUCCUGAGGAGAAUAAUCCUUUCACCUCCGAGACACAUCCGGUGACUUUAGGGGACACAUUUUCAAAUGCAGGUGAUGUAGGAAACGCGGUUCUGGCUUAUGAAGCCGCUGUUCAACAAAAUCCUAACGAUGCGCAGGCUUGGUGCAAAUUGGGACUGGCCAAUGCGGAAAAUGAAGAAGAUGGUAAAGCUAUCGAUGCUUUCAGAAAAUCCCUCAAUAUAGAACCCUCGAAUAAAGAAGCUUUACUUGGUAUCUCAGUGUCGUUGGCUAAUGAAUCAAUGGAGAACGACGCUUUGAAGUAUUUAGCACUGUGGUUGGCGGUUUAUGAAGGAAAUCCAGUUCAACACAUUAUAGACAGUAAACAACAGUAUUACAGUUUUUUGGAUGGAGCUCAUUUUGAAAAAGUCGAACAACAGUUCUUAGCAGCAGCACGUCAGCAAAGAGGAGAGCCUGAUGCUGCACUUCAGAAUGCGUUAGGAGUUUUAUAUAAUAUAAAUAAAAAUUAUGCUAGAGCGAUUGAAUGUAUACGGAUAGCAGUUCAAUGUUCUCCUGAGGAUCCUAGGUUGUGGAAUAGACUUGGCGCCACAUUAGCAAAUAGUCAAAAUAGUGUUGAAGCUAUAGCAGCAUAUCGACAAGCUUUAGUACUUCAUCCCAGUUUUGUCAGAGCCAGAUAUAACUUAGCCAUAAGUUGUAUGCAACUACAAAGCUACAAAGAAGCGGCAGAGCAUUUAGUUUCAGCUUUAGAAUUACAAAAAAAUUCAAAUAGCUCCAGGAUAUGGAGUGCACUCAGAUCUGCUGUCAUCAGAUUCCCCAUUUGGGAACGUGAUGUGCUAGAUGCAUUGGAACAAAGGAACCUGGAAGAUUUCAAAAAUGCUCUCAGUAAAGUGACCUUUUAG